AAAAAAAUCAGUACCCAAUGAAACCAAAUACUAUCAGUGUCAGAUUCAUCUGUUCAUUCUGUUUGCAGUGGUAUACUUGUAAACAUGUCAAAUAGCUAAUUGAACAGGUAGCACAUCACGAGGUUGCGCAGCCAAAGGUUAACAUUCUCAAAAUGUUUUGUCCCACUAAUUCGGCCAGUUAUGUAGCUUCUCUUAUUGCAUAAUAUAUUGUCUCAGAAAUAUUUGCGAUACACUCUAUUGUCCGCUGUAUGCCACUGAUAUAAUGAUGUAACAGCAUAAUAGUGCAAGUACACCAUUUCAAAGAGCAAUCAAAUGUAAAUGCUUAGGAACACUUAAGAUAUUUCCUAAAAUCCUGGUGAUAGGAAACUCCUUGCUGUCUAUUGUCAUUGUCAUGUAGGUUACGUGCAUGUUAACAAUAGCGAGGUCACCUAGGACAAGUAUCUCGAAUAGAUGUGGUUGUCUGAGCAAAGUCUUUGUGUUCACAUACUUUGACGUAGAGACAACAAAUGCUUCUUCCAGCAUAAAUUAUGAAACACCCUCAUUAUAAGCACGACUUGUCUGUUCCUGAUCUAGAUGAGAUUUACAUUUGUGAGUUGUGCACAGAUUCUUCUUCUCCCAGUAAAGAAGUGGUGUCUUUUUGCCUGAGAACAUCUGCGGCAACAGCUGUAAAGAGCUCUCAGGUCAAUGUUUCCUCGCCGGGCCCCCCGACGGUCGCUUUUAAACCCGACCGCCGACAGCUCGCCCGCCUCGUGAGCGAGCCGGUCCAUCGCUUCCAGCUCGACAGCCAGAUCAGCCCCGCCUGCGGAACCAUCCCGCCUCCCUCCACGCCAUCCCGCCAUGGACACAGAGUCCACCUACUCGGGGUACUCCUACUACUCCGGACGUUCCCGGGGAUCCCACAGGCACGGGGAGCGAAGCCGCGACCGCCACAAGUCCCGCGGUAAAGACAGCCGCUCAGAAAAGUCCGUCACCAUCACCGCGCCGCCCGCAGAGCCGCUGCUGGCCGACCCAGCCGUCCGGGGCGAGCAGGUCCAGGAUGACAACUGGGGCGAGACCACGACGGCCGUCACCGGCACGUCGGAGCACAGCCUCUCCCAGGAGGACGUCGUCCGCAUCACCAAGGACCUGGAGGAGAGCGUGGGGCUCGACUGCCGGCGCUACCUGGGCCUGGCGCUGGCCGUGGUCCUGGGCCUGCUGGUGUUCCUGACGCCGCUCGCCUUCCUGGCGCUGCCCCACCUCCUCUGGCCGGAGAAGCUGCAGAGCUGCGGCACGGCGUGCGAGGGCCUCUUCAUCUCCGUGGCCUUCAAGCUGCUCAUACUGCUGCUGGCCGUCUGGGCGCUCUUCUUCCGGCCGCCGCGGGCCGGCCUCCCGCGGGUCUUUGUGUUCCGGGCGCUUCUCGCCGUUCUGGUGCUGCUCUUCGUGGCCUCGUACUGGCUGUUCUACGGGGUCAGGAUACUCGACUCGCAGGACGAGAACUACCAGGGCAUCGUGCAGUACGCCGUGUCGCUGGUGGACGCGCUGCUCUUCAUCCACUACCUGGCCAUUGUGCUGCUGGAGCUCCGGCAGCUGCAGCCGUGCUUCUCCGUGUGCGUCGCGCGCUCCACCGACGGCGAGGCGAGGCACUACAACCUGGGGCAGCUCAGCAUCCAGCGGGCGGCUCUGGCCAUCUUGGAGCGCUACUACUGCGACUUCCCGGUGCACAACCCGGCGCUGCUCUCCGCCUCCAAGUCCCGCGCGGCCAAGCACCUGGCCGGCCUCAAGGUCUACAACGUGGAUGGUGAGUUCCCAGAAGCCCCCGCUGAGGGCCCGGGGAACAACGCGGCGGCGGCGGCGGGGAUGGUCCAGUCCCAGUCCAGGGCCAUGAUCGCGGCCACCGCCCGCCGCAGAGACACCAGCCACAACGAGCUGUACUACGAGGAGGCGGAGCACGAGAGGCGCGUCCGCAAGCGCAAAUCGCGACUGGUGGUGGCGGUGGAGGAGGCGUUCACGCACAUCAAGCGCAUGCAGGAGGAGGAGCAGAAGAAGGCCCCGGGGGACGUGAUGGACCCCCGGGAGGCGGCGCAGGCCAUCUUCCCGUCUAUGGCGCGCGCCCUGCAGAAGUACCUGAGGACCACCAAGCAGCAGCACUGCCACAGCAUGGAGAGCAUCCAGCAGCACCUGGCCUUCUGUAUCACCAACAACAUGACGCCCAAGGCGUUCCUGGAGUGCUACCUGACGCCGGGUCCCACCCUGCAGUACGGCCGGGACCACUGGCUGGCCCGCAAGUGGACGCUGAUCAGCGAGGCGUCGGUCACCAGCGGCCUGAAGGACGGCUCCACCUUCGCGCUCCGCUGCCUGGACUUUGGCCUGGUAGUGACCACCAAGAGGAUCCCCUACAUCCAGAUGUCCGAGGAGUACAUCGACCCCAAGUCACACAAGUUCGUGCUGCGGCUACAGUCCGAAACCUCCGUGUAGGACACCGAACUGCUUUUUAAAAAAAUUCCUCACUCUGUUUUGUGGCUCUCAAAUGUUUUCAGUUUGGGCUUGCAGUCUUUAUUUUUAUCUUUUUUUUGAGGGGCUUUGUUUUUAUAUAUUAUAUAUGAAUUUAUAUAUCACACUCACUUGUAAUGUUUUGGAUUUGGAUGAAAACAAAAGAAAGGAGAAUGUUGCACAAUCACUCGUUCCUUUCUUCUGUUGGAGGCGAACUCUGACGUCCACACAGAGACUCCUUUAUUUACACUGGACGGACGGGCGGACAAACCACUAAGGAAUGGUGCAUUAAACGCACAAUGUGUAUGUUUUCGUCAAUGAAAAGAAUUCCCCUCGACGCGACGGAAUCUAUGAUAUCGGACAGUUUUUUUCCCCUCCGCUAUCUCGUCACUGCUCUUACAGCUGUGGCGCUCUCUGUGCCCGACUUCUCCAGGUGCAACACAGCAAAAUCCAAGACGCGUCUCCGCUCCACAGACAGACCGUGUUUAACUCACAGGAGACGCCAGACGUUGUGCCCGUAAAACAUUUCCUCCCUCCCUCCCUCCCUCCCUUCCCGCGUUCGGCUCAGUGACCUUCUUGGGGCUUCACAGCACCAAGGAGGAGAGACGGAUAAACAGUACUACUGAUCACGCCACAUGAGGAGUACGUGGGUUACACAGCUGCAAAAUAGAGGGAGAGAGUUCCUGUACUUCAUUUGUAAUCCAUUUUCUAAUUGUGAUCCAAGUUGUUUUUUCACCCCCCAGCGUUUCCGGAACUGGUGGGAAAAGAGUGUUUUGAUUUAAUAGGCCUUCUGUUAAAGUUUCGAUUUAAAAAAAGAUAAGCCAAGAAGGAGAAUUUGACUGGGUUGGGGAUAAACGUGUUUCCUCAGAUGUCAGUUGAAUUAAAUGUUUGUGUUGUGUGUGUUAAGCCUGUUAAGUAAAUUAAAACUCACCUGGAGAACAUGAACAUGAGGCAGUGAAGCACUACACCCCCUUGUGGUCGUAGUGGGUAUUACAACAACAACAACAAAUAGAAAAUGGAUCACAAUAAUGUUUUCUUUCUUUCUGGCCUUUUGCUUCAGGCAUCCGCGUAGAGGGACGGGAACAACAGGUCCUCAGUUGGGAAUCAAACCAUGCACGUUGCAGUUGGCGCUAGAUAACCCCGGCUGAAAGACCUUGGGGGGGGGAAUCCUCGGGUGGGAGGGGCGUUUAUGCUGUGGAAAUGAAGGUUUCACUGAUUUUCUCGACUCGAAAAAGGGCGUCGCUAAUACACGGCAUCAAACAAAUGAUUGAACCUUCAGUGUUUGGAUUCAGAGUGGAAUCACCAGUGAGAGCGGCAGCAGGGCGGAUCCUCUCCCCCAACAGGACCGUCAGGUUUUCCUUUACUCCCUUGUCUCACCUCUGCUCUCCCACAAGCACGCUCGCCAGUAAGUCCUUGGAGGUCACAAGUGAGUCAUUUCUCCUUCUGUUUUUUGAUGAAGAAGAAUCCAACUAGCUGCACUGAAAAGGAACCAUUUUACAGCACGUCACACCCUGUUGGAACUGAUCCAAGCAGAUUCACCAAAGUGGUAAAGAGCUCAUGUGUAACUCACCCAAGAAGGAAAAUAUAGUUGUCUGUGGCGCCGAGCAGAGUCCCCUACUGCCCCCUGGCUGCUGAGCGUAAUACUGUCAGUUCCUCUUCGAGAGGGAAGCAGGGACAUGUUUUCAUUAAAGAAUUACCUUCAAAAAUGAACAAAAACUUGCAGUUCAUGAAAGCAAAAAUAUUGGUUCACUGUAAACCGUUAUUUUCUUGGUCACAUUUUGUACCUACUGACAGAUGAACAUUGAAUCAUCCCAAUGUGGCUCUGCCUCCUGUUAUACACUGUAACUAUUUAUGUAUACAAGCAUGUCUGUGUGUGAGUGUGUGUGUCUGUGUGUGUGUGUGUGUGUCUGUGUGUGUGUGUAUGCCAUUCCAGUUCACACAACCAGCCUUUACACCCCCCUCCUCCUCCACAUCACCACCGUCUGCCACGCUGUUUCCAGGUUACAAGCCUUUGUAUAUCGGGACAGCUCUGUGAUGAUGAUGAUGACAGUGCGAGGCAAGACUUGUUUCUCUUUCACAGGUAUGAGAAUUUCUAUGAACAAAAAAAUAAACAUUUUUAUGGAAAUUUG